AUGGCUCAAAAAAAUAAGUCAAAUUCUAGCUUCAAUAUCUCUGUACUUAUACCCCCAUCAAAGGAUCAAACUUCUCAAACAAUAAUGGCUCAAACAAAUAAGUCAAAUUCUAGCUUCAAUGUCACUGCUGCUCAGGAAAACAAAUCAAGUUCAAGUGUUAAUAUCAUAUUAGCUCAUGAAAAUAGAUCAAAUUCGAGUUUUAAUAGCACAUAUGCACAAGAAAAUAGAUCAAAUUCAAGUUUUAAUAGCACAUUUGCCCAUGAAAACAGGUCAAAUUCAAAUUUCAAUAUUACAUCUACUAAUGUAGAUCUUCCGGAAAGCAAUAGAUCUUCUACAGUAUCUACUGAUUCUGUACCGUCUUCGCCGUCCACAAUAUCCUCUUUUAGUACAAAUUCAGUCUCAUCACGAUUGUCUUUAUCAAAAAUCACUCGUCGCGUACUCACGCGUCGCCGAAAUUCAACAAGCCUGGUCUCGGCUCCAAGAAUUAUGGAAAUGCCAGGAUCAUAUCCAUGUGCUACUGUUGUUGACAGCGAUGAAUGUGAUGAAUUAGGAAAUAUGUCACAUGACCAACCUCCAUGGCAGAAACAGAAGCUUCGUCGUAACAUGUCUACAUCAGAUUUUCAACCUGGCUCAAAAUCGCAUUCUUCAAUUGUCAUGGGUAACCGGAUAUUUGUUUCUGACAAAUCUCUUCCUACAAUUCCUGCUGCAAAUUGA